CCUAGUUCCCAAAUCCACCUCCAGUCCAGGCGAAGCCGACGGCGAUAGUGGUGUUCCGCCGUUCCCCAUCCUGUGCCGGCGUGUACCGACGGAGACAACGGCAUUCCUUCCUUCUUCCCCUCUCUCGUGCGGCGGCAAUGGAGGCCUAGCGACGGUGGCUGCAGCUCGUCAAGCGAGCUUGGGACGGCGCCACAAAAUCGCCCACGAAUUGUUCUUCUAAAUGGAGGUUACCAGUGCAACCUCACCAUCACCAAUCCUUGCAUGCCCGGCCAAUCCGCGUACCGUACCAACUAUCUCAGACUCAGUCAAUAGCUUGGGAAUGACAGAAUUAAGUGAUGCCAACUCUUUUUCAGAGAUUAAUUCUAGGAUGCUUCCUCUUAGUGAAUUCUCUACACCCAAGAAGAGACAAUGCUUUUCCCAAGAUGGCUCAUUGCAUAAACCAGUGUGCGACGAGGCAAUAAAACCAAUAGUAGGCAUGAGAUUUGAUGACAUUGCUUCUGUAGAGGCAUUUUACAAGAACUAUGCACACCACGUGGGAUUUGGUGUCCGUCUUGGGUCACAAAGGAUGGUGAACAAUGUAAUUCACUGGAAGCGUUUCUUAUGCGCAAGGGAGGGAUACCGUUCCACAAAAGAUACUCAUACUGUUGACUACUUGGAUAAAAAUGCUUCAAAUAAAAGGCGCAAGGUCAAAAUAACAAGGUGUGGAUGUGAUGCUCAUAUUUACGUCAAUCGGGAUAGUGAAGGCAAAUACAACAUAGCUUCAAUGGUUGAGCACCACAAUCAUGAACUAGUGUCCCCUAGAAAGCAACACCUGAUUAGAUCAAACAGGAAAGUAAGUGAGAGAGCCAAAUUAACACUAUUUGAUUGCCACAAAGCUAGCAUUGGACCAGCCCAAGCAUAUAGGUUACUUCAUGUUGGUGCAGGUGCGUUUGACGGUGUGGGAUGCACGAAGAAAGACUUGCAGAAUUACUAUUCAGAGUUCAAAAAUAAAAUCAAGAAUUGCGAUGCUCAAAUGCUAGUGGACCAGUUUGGUAGAUUGAAGCAACUCAAUGCUGCUUUUUUCUUUGAGUAUGAUGUCGAUGAAGAUGGUACAUUACGUUUGUUUUGGGCAGAUGCAACUAGUAGGAAAAAUUACAGUCAUUUCCAUGACGUGCUGUCCUUUGAUUCCACAUACAGCACUAACCAAUACAACUAUAUCUUUGCACCAUUCACUGGUAUCAACCAUCAUAUGCAAAGUGUAUUUCUGGGUGGCGGAUUUUUACUGAAUGAGGCAACAGAGGACUACAAAUGGUUGUUCGAGGCAUUUCUUAAAUCCAUGGGUGGGGUCGCUCCUGGAGUUAUCAUAACGGAUGAGAGUGGCAGCAUGAGGAAUGCUAUCGAGGCAAUUCUCCCUAACACAGUGCAUCGGUUGUGUAUGUGGCACAUUAUGCGGAAGGUUCCUGAGAAGGUCCCGCUGGAAUUAAGAACCAACGAAUAUUUCUACAAGAGGUUGAAUUCUUGUGUGUGGAAUUCUGAAACACCUACAGAAUUUGAGGAAAGUUGGAAGAAUGUAAUGUUAAGAUUUGACUUGGAAACUAAUGAAUGGUUUGGAAAAUGUUACCAUAUCCGUGGGUCAUGGGUGCCGGCAUACUUCAUGGACAUUCCCCUAGCUGGUAUUCUCAGAACCACCUCCAGGUCAGAGAGUGAAAACUCAUUUUUCAAGAAUUUCAUUCGUCGCAAGCUUGCUUUUGUUGAGUUUUGGCUAAGGUUUGACACAGCCCUGAAAUGUCAGAGACAAGAGGAGUUGGUUGCUGACCACACGAGCUUACACACAACACCCAGAUUGAUGACAUGUUGGGAAAUAGAAAGACAUGGUAGCUUGAUAUUCACUCAUGAGGUUUUUAACUUGUUUCAGUCCGAGGUACUUGCUGCUAGAGAGCAUUGUGAUGUCCAGGACACAAAGGAUGUGGGGGAUCUGAAAAUCAUGUCCGUUAGUGAUCAAAGUCACCCAAAAAACAGGGUAAGAGAAGUUAAUUUACAAACAACAACCAUGAUAACCAAAUGUUCGUGUAUGCUUUUUGAGAACAAGGGAAUUGUGUGCCGCCAUGUCAUACGUGUCCUGAGGGGAGCAAAGAUAAAUGAACUUCCAAAUUUUUAUAUACUUAAAAGAUGGGAGAAGAUGUGCAAAAGAGACAUUGUCUAUGAUGGAGAUGGAAAUCCACUUGAUGAUAAUCCCAUUGACUAUGUUGACAUGGAAACAAGACGAAAGAUCUCGGUAGCACGGAACAAAUUCGAAGAUCUCAUCCAACAUGCGAAAAACUCAAGUGGGGGACUGGACUUGCUCCAUUCGGGUCUAUGUGAUUUGGAAUCAACUAUUUCCCAGUCUACGCUUGCUGUAGCUCAUACUUCACAACAAGAACAAGAAUCAUUUGUUGGUAGCUCCUUCCCUACCCAAGUUGAUAUCCUAACACCUACCAAUAUCGACGCAAGAGGCACAUGCUCGAGAAUUAAGGGCCAUCGAGACAAGGAAAAGAAGGCACAACCAAAGAAAAAAUUAGGUGUUACUGUACGGGUGCCACGCGUUUGCGGCACAUGCAAAGAACUUGUGCUACAUGACAGCCGUAAAUGUCCGAAGAAAAAAUGAAAAUGUUUGUCUUUUCAAGGUCCUUAAAUCACUGUAUAUAAGCUAGUGUUGGAUUGUUCAUCGAUUGACAUCUCAUGUUGUUGGGAGCUCUGUAUACUAUGUAGUGAGCUGAAAAACUGGUUCAAUGGGCAUAGUAACUCGUCAGCACAUAUGUUCUAAAUUCACUUAUGAAUUUCUCUGUUGAUUCAA